UUGGCGUAUUGAUUUUCCCGCGCUAAUAAACCCUUAACCUUUUCUACCUUCACCGGCGCGGCGACGACGAUGGAAACGCCGACACAGACGGCGGAGCACAUAGAAUCGAUGACGGAGUUUCUGGUUAGCCAGUACUCCGAUCAGCUCCGCAACAUCGCUCUCUCUUCCGAUCCCAAACUUCACUACCCUCUCUUCCUCGAAUUCGCAGAACUCGUUGAUGACAAUCCCCACCUGGCGCGUCUCGUUUACUCCAAUCCCGAACAGUACCUCCGUCUCUUCGACGAUUCCGCCGUUCUCGCUCACAAAAUAGCGUUGGAGCAUAUGAAGAAAUUCGAGAGCAAGAUUGGGAUUGAGAAGAGAUUUAUACACGUGCGUAUUAACACUAGCGGCUCCCCUCUUGAACGAAGCUCUGACACUUUCCCUAGUAUUGGACGGGUUAGAGUGAAGCACCGUGGGAUUCUCCUGAUGUUGAAAGGCACAGUGAUCAGAUCUGGAGCUGUCAAAAUGUAUGAGGGAGAGAGGAUGUUUAGAUGCCGAAAAUGCAAACACAUGUUUCCUCUUUUCCCUGAAUUGGAAUCAAUCAACUCAAUUGUGAAACCGCCGUUUUGUCCUUCCCAGCGGUCCAAGUCUUGUGAAGGAACAAACUUUGAUCCUGUGGAUGAUACAGUCACACGCCAUGACUAUCAAGAAAUCAAAAUCCAAGAGAAUACUCAGGUUUUAGGUGUUGGUGUUAUCCCAAGGUCCAUUCUAGUCGUCCUCAAAGAUGACCUCGUUGACAAUGUUAAAGCUGGUGAUGAUGUUGUUGUCUCUGGAAUCUUGACUUCAAAAUGGUCUCAUGACUUAAAAGAUGUUCGCUGUGACCUUGAACCUAUGGUGAUUGCCAAUCAUGUCAGGAGAACUAACGAACUCAAAUCAGAAAUUGAUAUCUCUGAUGAAUUGAUUGAGAAGUUCAAGAACUUUUGGAGCCACUUCAAAGAUACCCCUUUGAAAGGGAGAAAUGCUAUCUUACGAGGCAUCUGCCCUCAAGUUGUUGGUCUCUUCACUGUUAAGCUUGCAGUUGCCUUAACACUAAUUGGAGGUGUGCAACAUGUUGAUGCUUCUGGUACAAAAGUCCGGGGAGAGUCUCACUUGCUUCUUAUCGGAGAUCCAGGAACUGGAAAAUCUCAGUUUUUGAAGUUUGCUGCAAAACUUAGCAACAGAGCUGUAAUCACAACAGGACUAGGAAGCACAAGUGCUGGGUUGACUGUAACUGCAGUGAAGGAUGGAGGAGAGUGGAUGUUGGAGGCUGGGGCUCUUGUUCUUGCAGAUGGUGGACUUUGCUGUAUUGAUGAAUUUGAUAGCAUGAGAGAGCAUGACCGAGCAACCAUACAUGAAGCAAUGGAGCAACAAAGUAUAAGCGUUGCUAAGGCGGGCCUUGUGACGACUCUUAGCACAAAGACAAUCGUAUUCGGUGCUACAAAUCCUAAAGGACAAUACGAUCCUGAUCAGUCUCUUUCUGUCAAUACUGCACUUUCGGGUCCCUUGUUGAGCAGAUUUGAUAUUGUACUCGUUCUUCUAGAUACAAAAAAUCCUGAAUGGGAUAAAGUUGUAUCCUCUCACAUCCUUGCCGAGGUGCAAAUAGAAGAAGGCAGAUAUGUCGAUGAUCUGACUAUGAUUUGGCCACUACCGAUGCUUCAACGGUACAUUCAGUUUGUUAAAGGAAACUUCAGGCCUGUCCUGUCAAAAGAAGCAGAAGAAAUCAUUUCAAGUUAUUAUCGUCUCCAAAGAAGAUCAUCAACACAUAAUGCAGCAAGAACAACCGUGCGGAUGUUAGAAAGCUUAAUCCGUCUAGCUCAAGCUCAUGCAAGGCUUAUGUUCAGAAACGAAGUCACGCGAUUGGAUGCAAUAACAGCAAUCCUAUGUAUUGAAUCGUCGAUGACCAUCUCAGCCAUCGUAGACAGUAUGGGGAACGCGUUACACUCUAAUUUCUCCGAAGAACCAGAUCAGGAAUACGCGAAGCAAGAGACGCUUAUCCUUGAAAAGCUUAGAGGAGACGACAUUUAUUAGGGUCUGCAAUAAUUCAUCUGCAAUUUUUUAUUUGUAUAUGUGAUUCGGUAGUUGACAAGGUUGUUGAGGUUCCCUAUCUUGGGAGUAAACUUACUUUAAGAUGUGUGUAUUAUCUUAAAGUGUAUUUUGCAGGUACUGACACUUCUCUAAUAGGUUAAAAUAUGUUCGUGUUCGAUGUAAUUUAGUGUGAC